AGUAAGCUAGUCACCAUCAGAGCAGCACUCCAAGAGUGAGCACCAUGUCUGUUCGAUUUUCCUCCGCGUCUAGAAGGCUGGGCUCCGUGAGGCUCUCCAGCCCGGGAGCAGCCUUGGGGGCUGGAAACGCAUGCGGAGUGCCAGGCAUCGGAAGUGGCUUCUCCUGCGCCUUCGGGGGCAGCUCACUGGCAGGAGGGCUCGGUAUGGGCAGCGCUUCUUGUGGGGCCUUCACUCCGAGUGAGCACGGCCUCCUGUCCGGCAAUGAGAAGGUCACCAUGCAGAACCUCAAUGACCGCCUGGCCUCCUACCUGGAGAACGUGCAAGCCCUGGAGGAGGCCAACGCUGACCUGGAGCAGAAGAUCAAGGACUGGUACGAAAAGUUUGGACCCGGGUCGUGCCGCGGUCUCGAUCACGAUUACAGUAGAUACUUCCCGAUCAUCGAUGACCUCAGGACCCAGAUCAUCUCUGCAACCGCAAGCAAUGCCAACAUCGUCCUGCAAAAUGACAACGCAAGACUGACGGCCGAUGACUUCAGAAUGAAGUACGAGAGUGAACUGGCGCUCCACCAGAGUGUCGACGCUGACAUCAAUGGCUUGCGAAGGGUCCUGGAUGACCUGACCUUGUGCAGAACUGACCUUGAGGUCCAGCUGGAAACCCUGAGCGAGGAGCUGGCGUACCUCAAGAAGAACCACGAAGAGGAAAUGCAGGCUCUGCAGUGCGCAGCCGGAGGCAACGUGAACGUGGAGAUGAACGCAGCCCCCGGCGUGGACCUCACGGUCCUGCUGAACAACAUGCGAGCCGAAUACGAGGCUCUGGCUGAGCAGAACCGCAGGGACGCCGAGGCCUGGUUCCAGGAGAAGAGCGCUUCCCUGCAGCAGCAGAUUUCAGACGAUGCUGGAGCCACUAUUUCAGCUAGGAAUGAACUUACUGAGAUGAAACGGACUCUCCAAACCCUGGAGAUAGAACUGCAGUCCCUCUUAGCCAUGAAACACUCUCUGGAAUGCUCCCUGGCGGAGACCGAGGGCAACUACUGCUCGCAGCUGGCUCAGAUCCAGGCUCAGAUCAGCGCCCUGGAGGAACAGCUGCACCAGGUGAGGACGGAGACCGAGGGCCAGAAGCUGGAGUAUGAACAGCUGCUGAACGUCAAGGCGCACCUGGAGAAGGAGAUCGAGACCUACUGCCGCCUCAUAGAUGGAGACGAGGGCUCCUGUGUUAAGUCAAAAGGUCAAGGAGGACCUGGAAAUCAGACAAAGGACUCAGCUAAAACUGCCAUCGUUAAAACCGUUGUUGAAGAAUUAGAUCCCCGUGGGAAGGUCCUGUCCUCCCGAGUUCACGUGCUGGAAGAGAAAUCCACCAAAGUCAGCAAGAGUGAGCAGAGGUUGCCUUCCUGAACUGUGCCCCCCUAAAAGCGAGGAGCCCUAACUUAAAAUUACCAGAUCUAAAUGGUUUUCCUUAAAACAGGGUCGGCUUAUGUUCCUGCUUCUCUCCCAGUGAGCGAAGAUGAGUUCCUUUUAGACUAGUGACAUUUCUUUGGCUUUCUCUCUGGUGGUGUUUCAAUAAAUGUCUUCCUGUCGCAAGCUAUCCUCCCCAGUUCUGGUCCAUC